UCCAGCCCAGUGAAAUUUCAGUUUCUCCGUUUCUCCAGUACUUUCGCUUCUAAGUUUCGUACUCCCAAAGAAACAAAUCUCUGUGUUCGUGUUCAUGUGAAGUGUGGAACCUGAAACCGAGAACAUACAAAUACAGACAUAAGUAUAAAUAAAGAAAGAAAAAGAUGAGCUGCAAUGGAUGCCGUGUUCUCCGAAAGGGUUGCAGUGAGUCGUGUAUUUUGAGACCCUGCUUACAGUGGAUCGAAACCGCCGAAGCCCAAGGCCACGCCACCGUAUUUGUAGCCAAGUUUUUCGGCCGUGCCGGCCUUAUGUCUUUCAUUUCCGCCGUCCCUGAAUCUCAAAGACCUGCGUUGUUUCAGUCACUUUUGUUUGAAGCGUGUGGGCGAACUGUCAACCCGGUAAAUGGAGCCGUGGGUCUACUCUGGACGGGAAACUGGCACAUGUGCCAGGCGGCUGUUGAGACCGUACUCCGCGGCGGUACUUUGCGGCCACUGCCGGAACUUCUCGGUAGCGGCGUAGGAGCGAUGACGACGACACCUACAGCCGCGUCUGAUGAGGCGUCCGAGGCAGAAGUAACCUGUACAGACAUUUGGAAGGUUCGAGAUCCAAAUUCAGGCUCUCGAUUCUCGACAUCACGAUCCAGAUUGUCGCCGAAGCGUAAACGUUCCGAUUCUCCGGCUAAGCUACGAAACACCGCCGAUCUCGACCUUCGCCUUACGCCGAUCUUUCCGGGGAAACCGACCGCACGGAAAGCCGAUGUUCGCCGGCCGCUUUCUCCGUCGAUGAACUCAGAGGAGUCCGAGACUACCACCUGUUUUGAUAGCGGCUUGGCUGAUCAGAACGUAAUUGGUGGAGAUCGAAAGCUCCUGAACCUCUUCUUCUAAUCUAAACAAGCCAUGGCUUUUUUUGAUGUUCUUUUUUUUUGUCUGUCAAUUACGUGAGUUGGACGUUCACGGACGCGGAGGUUAAACUGUGUAAUAUUCUUCUUUUUACUUACCCCUUUCCCCUAAUUUAUCUUUAUCUUUAUCUUUCACUAGUAGAAAGAGAAGGGCUUUUUCGGAAGUUAGUUUCCGGGGAGUUUUUGUAAAAUUACCGGCGAAAGGAUUUCUCUCUUUCUUAGUCUUUAUUAAGAGAAAAGGGAGGAAUAUGAGAUUUUGACGGUGGCUUUUUUUCUUAGCUAUGUUAGUGUGACAUUGAAUAAAUUGUACUAAUUUCAUUUUC